UACCGGUUGAAGCCAGAACGGAAAACACGGAUAACGGCAAAUAUCCAUCAUCCUCUUCGACAAGGAUACGUCGUGGCGUUGUAAGGCACGAACUAAAUGACGAAUGACUACUAUUUUGUGUGUAUGUUUAGUGGAAGAGAGAGAAAGUGUGCGUGUGUGUGCCGUAGAAAAAAAGAGCGAGAGUGGAAGUGUGUGCAUUUCUUAUUUGCUUUAAGUUACUAUUUGCUUUCAUAGAAAAGGAAAAAAAAACAUACACACACAUUGGCUGACUAUUGUCUCCCUGUUAUUGUUUGGUUGUUGGAGCAGGUCACUUACCCACUGUGGAGUGCAAGUGUGUGCGUGUGUGUUGCUGUAUGGACACACAUUGAAUUGGUGUGAUAUGUGUACUCUUUGUACAAUGUUACAGUUAUCUCACACUCCGUGUUAAACUUUCCACGGCCACAACGGGAGUACGGAUCCACAGAACACCACAGCAACGUCGUGUUCGGUCAGCGUGAAUGCAUCCAGUCGUAGUUCGAACGUUGUUCCGUUUAUUAAUACAACACGCUUGAAAAGCUCAACAACUAGGAAAAUACCGCACGCAACUGUUUUCACAUAUGCAUGCGAAUAGCUGCUUUCUAUCAGUGGUUGGUCGCCACAGCGGAAAAAUGUGCAUUUGAAACGAAAUCGAAAAGGAAAAAAUUCUCAAAUAAACGGUACGGUUCGUAGGAUAUUCAAAAAAGGAAAAAAGAAAAAAAAGUGAAAAUACCACAACAGUGUUAAGUUCGAUGGUGAUUCCAUUUUAAAUUGCAAUCAUUGUUCUCCUCUGUAAGAGAGAGUGUGUGUGUGUUUCUGAGUGUAUCUGCCAGCUAUCAUUACUACAAAGUCAUGACAAUUAAAUUAGUAAUGAAUUGAAAUGAAAAUUUAGCAAAAAAAAAAGGAAACCGCAAAACAAAAGAAACGGAACUGCAUACGAAAUCGACAAAAGAAAAAUGCAACUAAUUAGACGGUCGGGGCCAAAUAACCAACGGUUAAAACAAUCCAAAUGAAAUGUAUUUCCCCAAAACAAAAUUAAAUACCAAAUAAAUUGUGUAUAUUAACAAAACAAGAAAAAAAAUACACAUAUGUAUGUAGUUGAACCACAUACACAUAUACACAAAUGUGAAUAUUUAUUUAUUUAGUGGACAGAAAAAAACCAACUAACAAAGAAACACACAUCAUAUAAAAAAUCAAUCAAAAGGAAAUCGACCAUAAACGCGAUAUUGGAUUAAUUCAUGGCGAAAAGAAAUCUGUGGUGGAAAAGGGCAACAUGACGUUUGUUCCUGAAAAUGCACUGCUGGGAAGAAAACACCGCCAUCAUCAACAACAACCGAAUCUGGCAACAACAAAAUGUACUUUAAUUAUAGCCAUGUGAAGUAAACAAAAGAAGUGCAUUAAAGAAGAAAAAAAAAAAAAAACUAAAGACAAGAAGUAGCAUUUCCAAAGGCCUUCUUGCCGCAAUGAAAUCCCAAUUGAAACAGAAAAUGUACCCCCAUUAAAAGCCGGAAAAUCGAAAAAGAAAACAAAUAACAAAAAGUGAAAUAAAAACGUCAAUGUGAAUGAAAAACGUAAACAACAAACAAACCGAAAUAAUAGAGAAAGAGAGAGAGAGAGAGAGAGAGCGAAAGAGCAAAACCUGUGUAAAGUGAAAUAAUCCUCAAAAUAUUUACCCAAAACUUAGACAGCUUCUUCAUCGUCAUAUCAUCAUCCUCAUCAUCUCCAACGGUAGCACCAUUUCCAGAGGCGUCAUGAUUAUCAUUGAAACUGAAAAUUGUGUAAAAAUUCAAAGAUGUAAACAUUUAAAUCGUAAUGUAAUUAAAUCGAAAAAGUAAAUUUAUUUAAGCGAACCAAAGAUAAACAGAACACGAAAAGCUUUUCGAAGAACUAAAAGUAAACUGAGGCCAAUGGAGGGAUAAAUCCGAAAUACAAGCAACAAGCUUAAAUACAAAUCUUGGAAUUCUAAAAGAAAACAAAAACAAAGGAAAAGAAAACAUAACACUUUAAAAUCAACCGAAAAUAGGGCCACUAGACAGAUAAACAAAGGGUCCUAAGAGGUCAUGAAAGGCAAUGAAAUGUGCGUGGAAUAAAAGUUUUCACAAUUUAGUUUUCCUUUUCAAAAUUGCCAACGGAAAUAUCUAAUGUCCUACAAUUUGGCACUCUUUUUAGUUCGACGCGAGUGUCUGUGUGUGUGCGUGUAAAUAUAUGCGAGUAGUCGUGUGUAACUAACAACUAAACGCCAAUAUCUUAAUUUUCCCUUAAUAACAUUGAAAUUUUAUCUCUCCUCUUCUGAUUCCACGUAUUUUGGUUUUCUUCUUUGCCACCAACAAACUAUUCUAAUAUCGGUUUUCACGAAACAAACAAAGAAAAAUUGCCAAAAAACAAAAACAAGUCAUAAAAAACGUUAAAGGAAAAACAAUAAAGAUUAGCCAGCAACAGCAGCAGCAACUAUAAAAUUAGCCAUCAGCGACCAACCAGCCAGCAACAGCCCCAUCAUCAUCAAGAGGUCAAUGGAUGGCUGCGGAUGAUACACACCCGGGAACUUGGGAACACGCACUGCCCACCAUUAGAGGCGAACAGUGAAAACGAAACUGCCGGCAGCAAUAAACAAACGGAAAACAUCGAUAACUCAGCAGCAGCGGUGGCAACGGUCGGGAGUAUAAGUAAACAACGUUGCUGGUCACUGAGGUACUGGUGCUGGCCAUAGGCGAAAACUUGCAAUCCGCCAACGAAGCGAAACACUUUCAGUGUUACCCUCAUUAAAAGGCCAAGCGAAAAAAAAAACGAACGAAGCAAAAGUCUGGGCCAAUCGGCCAAGUGUGUUUUCCACGGAGCUGUACUGUGAAACGCCACAAAACAAUCAGUCAAUUAGUAGUGCGUGCCGAGGUGGCUGCUUCGGGGAAUAGUGGAAAUUAGUGGCCACCACAACAGCACCACUCCGAUUCGCAACUCUGCUGGGACACAGAACGGAAAUUCGAAACGGAUACUUGGAGGGCUUUAAAUUGAAAAUAAAAUCGGAAUUAAAGGCAAUAACUUAAGGGAAAUAAUUUGCAAAGCAAAGGUCACCCAAAAGAGAGAGCGAGAGAGAGAGAGUGGCAGCAGACGAGGGACCUUUUUCGCCAUACCCUUCUUAACAAAGACUGAUUUAUGUUCAUAUCUUCAUCUUUAUCUAGGAAAUCAACAACAGCAUCACAGCCAUAUCUUCAUCUUCAUCUGCUAUCCGCACAAAUAACAACAGCAACACACAAACUCACAACUUUAGUUAGCUGGAAUCCUUAACAAGCAUCCACAGGAACUACAACGUGUAUACUCUUACUCCUCCUCACCCCCUUGAGCGCUCAUAGCCUAGCCUAGGAUUCACGUAUUAUGAAAAUUGUAAAAUUCUCGUUACGUUACAACAAACUUGUCAACAACAACAAUAACAAUAACGUCAAUAUCAAGAACAGCCAGCAUUGCAGCAGCUGUGACAACUGCUACAAACGGAUUACAACAAGGACCAAUAACAACAACAACAACAUCCACAACUUUAUAUUCUUCAGAUACAUUAUAAUUCGGCAAAGCCAUUAUUCUUACCCACACUACGACACAGACAGCAACAACGACUACAACAACCUCUACGAUUUUAAUUUCCAACACAUUGACACGUUUCCGAAGAAGGAGACGAAGGAAGCCUCCUGGAGCAUUGCAAGGACAAGGAGGAAGGAUAUUUUUAUGGCCAACAUGUUUGUCUUUAUCAUCGUUAUUUUAAUUGUGAAUGCCUGCAUAGCCGGUACAAUACCUGCUACACCGGAAAACAUAACGGUAACCUUUCUGACGCCGACCACAGUGCGCGUCUCCUGGCAGACGAUGAUCGAUUUGAAUGCACAUCCCGUCGAGAAGUACAUUGUUACGUACAAGCCCACAGAUGACAGUUACAGGGUUAUGCAGGAUGUGGCCGGCAACAGUGAGGCCAUCAUACUGGAUCGUCUGACGCCGGGGACGCAGUAUUCGAUUGUUGUAUCCGCUGUCUGGCUGGGCAAGAAGUAUCGCAGCCGUCAAGUUAUCUUUAGGACAUUAGAUUUACCACCCAAACCCUAUGCCCAGCAAGACAGUGGAGGGGGAGAUGGAGGCCUGGGUGGCCCGGCAGGUUCAUCAAACUCAAUAGGCGGCAGCGGGGUUAAUCGUGGCAGCAGCAGCGGGAAUGGUAGUGGCAGUGCCUACAAUGAGGAUGGCGUUACUUCAACGGCCACCAAUUCAUUAUCACAUGGCCAGCACAGGGAAUUGCCAACGAUACGAGGUGUCGAAAUUGGCAUUGUCCUCAUCGUUUUGAUGGUGUGGGCUGGGGCGAUAGCCUUAUUCUUUAAUCGCUGGGGCAAAAUCCGUAUGCUCCUGCCCUAUCAGCCGGACUACAAACAUGAACAGCUCAAGGUUCCCGGCACUGGUGUCUGCAGUGGAGGCGUUUGCAAUGGCCAGCAUUCACAUCAGAAUUUACAUCACGAUUUGUUCGUUAAGUGUUUGCCUCGCUGUGAGGGCUGUGGCAUUUUUGAUCGCUGUUUUCAGUAUCCCCGGCGUGAGUUGGAGCGUGACUGUGGCUGCCAAUUUGCCCUGCUGCACAAGGUGGCCGAUGUGGAAAGCUAGCAACCAGCGAUGGCCGAUGGCGGUGAAUCAAUAUCGCCAUCGGAGGGCUAUCGACGAGUCGCCAGUGUCGACAGCCAAGCCAUGGCCAUCAGUUCGUCCAGUCCCCAGGAGCCGGAGACAGAGGAUGGUCGCGAUGCCGGCGAGGGAGCCACCUCCACGGCUGCCUCGGACCGUGAGGGUGAAGACAAUCGUUUGCUGGAACGUGAGCCUCGCCAUCGUAGUCUGCCGGCCAUGAAUCAAAAUCGAUUACCCAAAGGCGGUGGUGGUGGCGGCGGCGGAGGGGACUAUCACCACCACUACCAUCGUUUGCGCCAAAAGAAAUUUGCCACACAACGUAGCAUCCUUAAGAAUUCCCAGGAUAACAACACCACACCCAAUGAAGACCAGGAACUAUUAGAGGCCAAAAAACAAUUGAUUUUGCGAAAGCGAAGACUCUUCAGCCACUAUCGCCAAUAUGAACAGUGGCGUCGGCGUCAGUUCAGCUAUGACCCCUGCUACAUGCGGGUCCUGCCGCCGCCAUCGCCCAUCUGUACCAUUGACUAUAAUGCCCAUCCAACGAAUACCACUGCAUUCCGUCGCCGCCGCCAGUAUCGGCGUCAGUACUCAUGUGCCGAACGUUCCCGCGAGGAUUCACGCGACAGUCGUGACUCGUCGCAGCAUGCCAAAUAUCACAGUAUGGCGGCCAGCGAUACCAUACGAACAACGAACACAAGCACCCUAAAUCUAGCAACGAAUCCCUCAACGCUCGAUCGUUUCAGUUUCGAUAGCAGCGACUGUGGAGCACUAGCCUAUCAACCUCUGCAUUGUAGUCGUGAGGAACAUUCAGCCUCCAUAUCCGAGCGCAUAACACGCAGCCGCAUCAAUUCCGCCAUUUUUGUAUCCUCCGAAGGCCGUGGAUUCGACUCGAUAGAGUUCCUGCGCCGCCAUGGAUCACAAAGUGUUUUGUGUCGCAAAGCGAAAAGUGCCGAGAAUAUAACAGAUAAUGGACGAAAGAAAAGUUUCGCCGAAAAUCGCCAAUGGCACACCGAUGACAACAAUGAUGGCCAGAACGACAACGGCAUCGAAAUGCAUGAUUGCUCAAGAAGUGUGGAAAAUCAUCCGGUAGUUGCGCUCAAAACAAAUGUUGAAAAACUGCUGGCAGCCACCAGUGUGCUCAAUCACUCGGCCACGGUGACGACAUCAAACAAAGUGGUUGGCAGCAUAUCGAUAGAGACACCUCCAUCGCAUCUACGCGAAGCGGAACAGCAAAAAUCUGCAGCGGCAUUAACCACAAUUGUCAUACCUGCCCCGCCACCACCACCGCCAACAUCGUCAUCAUCAGCCCGAUCAGCACCACCCCUAAGUGCAGCCAAUACCCUGUCCUUCAAUUCAGCUUCCCACGAUUCAGCCGAUACAGUCGAAGAAUUGGUUUCAAUAUCCAUAGAUCCAAUGCCAAGUCAUCCGGCGCCAUUGCCAGCACCACCAUCCGUCAUUAACACAGCGACGACAGUCGUGAGUAGACCGCGUGUCCUCGUGCGUCAACGUUCUUCAACAGCAUCGCCGGUGCUAUCAUCAGCUCACAGUAGUCCUAAGGCAUUAAAACUGAGGAGUAUAACACCAAAAUUAAAUAAUUUACCCAUGGUUUCGGUAUCGGGUCCAUCGCCAUCCGACGAAAAGCCGCCACCCAGUGAUUGUUUGUAACAAAUGGUGGCCGAAACAUUUAUUUAAAAUUCAAUUCAAUAGGACCCCGAGCAGGGAGCAGGGAAUCACUCACAAGCAACAAUAGAAUAGAAAUGGGAAUGGAAUGUCAGGGAGGUAAACAUACA